GAUUUUUUUGCAUCUCGGCUUUUCACCUCCUUUCUUGUUUGCCUCGGCGUCUGUUAUCUCGCAAGUAUGCGAGACUCUGCGAGAGUAAACGCACCUGAAUAUAUAAGCGCGCCAUAGAAAAGAGAACACGCAUUUGAAUUUAAUUUCUCGGUCUGCGCGCAGUACGGUACAGGGGGGGUCGUGCUGCACAGAUUUGACUUGAAGAAAGUUUUGUUUUUAAGUGAAGUGAAAGUGAAACGUUGUGACCAUGGAUAACGGAGCAGACUCUCUCUGUUUCAGCAAUUCUGUGAGUGCUGAUCAUAGAGGCAUCGGACUGGCUCCAAGUAUCCAAGCAAACACCGUUACCUCUUCUUGCAAUAUUAACAUCUACCAGGGAACAGCUGCAGAGAAGAGAAAGGAAAGGGAUCAUGAAGAGGAGCCGGAAAAGAAAAAACCCAAACCACUGUCAGAAUCAGAACCAGGAGACGCAGUGGACUCUAGACCCGUCUUAACGGAAUACAGUCUUUCUAAGAUGGAGGAAUACGCAGACAGGAACCGGGAAUAUUUAAUAGGGUUGCUGGAGAAUGAAGAUGGGCUGCAGGAGAGGAAAGAAAAACUCAAAUCCAUGAAGUUAAAAAAAAACCUCGAUUGGAAUUGUGUAAAAGCACGGAAAAUCAAUAAAGACUUUAAGAGUUUCGUUAGUCAGUCUAAGUUCCCUUGGUCAGAGGUUGAAUCGUUUCUCUUUGAAAAAGUCGGUAAGGCUGCUGAGAGGGGGAGAAUGGAAGUUGAUGAUGGCAGCUGUAAUUCAAGUGGGUACUUUUCAAGUGUGAACACUGAAGAUUUCAGGAGCUCCAGCACCUUGAGCCAACCAGUGCCAGCAUCUCCUUUAGAGGAGGAUCAAAGAAAGAAUCAUCGACCAGGAGAGAAAGAGGACAGGGAGCUCAGCCAGGGGCUGCAAACAGGACCAGCUUCCCAUGCCAGGAGCUCUGCUGAAGAACCUUCCGGGGACACUGCUAGAGAACCUUCAGGGGACACUGCUGAAGAGCUUUCAGGGGACACCGCUCCUUCUGCAGAGCAGCAAAGAGACAGCCCUGCUCCUAAGAAGACUUUCACACAACCUUCAAAUUCAGCAGCCGAGACAAAAAAGGAGCAGAAAGUUAACCCAGGAGCGAAGGGGGUGAAAAAGGAGAUGCCAAAGGGAGUGAUUUAUGACAGCGACGGUUACAGUACAGCAGGGGGAGGGCUUUCUGCACAAACGCAGGUGAAGGAGGAAAGCACCAAAGUCCUGGUAGGACAGAUCGCUCCUUCAGCUGAGCAUAUGGAGACCAGCAGCUCCGCCACGGAGAGAAUCAACUCCCGGGAGCAAACGCAGGAUCCCUCUCCUCAACUAAACCACGAGGAGGGGAACCAGCACAGGAAGAAGGGAUCGAAACAAACCAUAGCACGAAAAGACAAGGCGGCCGAGGAAGAGUCUCGGAACAAGGCCUUCAAGAGGUGGCUGGAGCACACAGCUCAAUCCUUAGCAGAGAAAGAAGGCAGGAUCGUGGAGGAGGUGAAAAAACAAAUGGAGUCCAACUUGGAAAUAACCUUCGUGGACAACUGCGAGCACACGAAGUUCAAGUGUCUGACGGCACGCGAGUGCACCGUGUUCGAGCACGAGGGCGAGAGAGUAAUGCUGCACAUUGACAAGAGAGACAAGUGCCUUACCCCCAAACACAAUCAAUUCAAAGAAGGGUUCACGUUUCAGUUGCAGUACACCAUGUGGAUUCUGGGAGGAAUUACAGGGACGGACGUGGUGUUCUCCGACGCGGACGAUGAGAUACAGAAGUAUAAAUUUCACGAAGCCGGUUUAGAAGAGUUCCACGUGAACUUUCCACAAAUAAUUAACAAAGUCUUCCUUCCAGCCAUGGCUUUGUACAAGCAGGCUCAGAGAGAGAAAGUGUUUCAUUAGCAGCAGGAUCCAGGAUUCAUCACAGUCAGCACUCGCACAGACCUGCCACUGAAGUGACGCUGGGUUAUUUCAUUCUGUCCGGCUCGGACCCUUGUCCUUUUAUCAGGGAGCAACAAAAAACAAAAAAAUUUACAACGUCAAAAAUGCGCGGCUGAAGGGACUGUGUUUUACAGGAAGCAGC